UUUUCUUAAAAUGACGUAAGUGGUGACCAUGCGGCCUGCAUGAUAAUCGAUUCUGUCACUGUCAUAAAUCAAGCGCAUCUGCUGGUGCGACAACAAAAAUUAAUCCGAUAAUUAGGGCAAGCAGUCACGGCCCAGUCAACACCUCGCUAAUUAUUGCAGAAUUUUAUUGCUUUCACGGAUAAACAAUGACAUCCUUUAACUGUUAUGUCUCUUAUUAGCAAACAAUUUUAAUAUUUAGCUCAACAGCCUUGUUGUUGCGUAAUUAUCGUGUUAGUUUUAAAUAUGCAAAUCGUAGAAUUUUAUGUUGUCGGAAAGUCACGUGAUAUGCAAAUUUCGUAAUGACGUUUACGCGCUAAAAAUAGACUUGCUUUCGGUUUUGUCGCAAUUUGUAAUUGCUAUAAAUGCAGCAUUCUAAGAGUUCAAAAAGUGUCAAAAAGAUUAACAGAAAUCAAAUAAGUAGGAUAAGGCUUCUAAUAUGUUGGCUGGAGUAAAGAACUUGUGAGCGGGGAUGUGGAUGGAAAGUUUGACACACUGUUCUCACGGAUAUCCAGCAUUCAGAAGAAAAGUGGAGCUUUUGAUCUACUUCUGUGUGUAGGUAACCUGUUUGGUGAUUCCAAUGAUGAAUGGAAGAAAUACCGGGAUGGAUCUGCCAAAGUGCCGAUACCGAUGCUGGUUUUAGGCCCAAACCAGUCUGAACAUGUAUCAAUGUAUGCAGAUAGUAAAGGCGGGGACCUGUGUGAAAACAUAACCUUCUUAGGCAAGAAGGGCAUAUACUCAGGAAGUUCUGGUCUUCAGCUGGCGUACCUGAGCGGGAAGGAGUCUGACAUCAUUUCUGAUGACACAAGUUUCAAUGCUGUUGACCUUUCCGCUCUCAUUGAUCCAGUGAAGAAUGAUACAAAGUUUAAAGGCGUUGACAUACUGAUAAAUUCACAGUGGCCCAAAGGAGUGGAAAAAUAUGGAACAGAAGUGCCAGGCUUCAAGUCUGAUGAGUGUGGAUCAGAGGCGAUAUCGCAGCUUGCCCUGGGCUUGAGGCCACGUUAUCACUUCUGUGGACUGGAGGGUGUCCACUACGAAAGGCCCCCAUACAGGAACCACAAGGUCCUGGCUGAACCUUCUAGACAUGUAACACGCUUCAUCGCCCUCGCUAAUGUUGGCAACACUAAGAAACAUAAGUACUUGUAUGCCUUCAACAUUACGCCACUAUCUGAUAUGGAGCCUGCUGAUCUCAAUUCACAGCCGCAGGAUGUUACCGAGUGUCCGUACAAUUCCAAGGCUUUUCAGUCACAGCAACCAGACACACAGGCGCAGCAGUUUUUCUAUGCCACACAGGAGGGAGGGAAGAAACGCCCGGGCAAGGCUGGCGGAGACAGGCCACAGAAGAAACAUAAACCGGUGUCGACGGGACCAUGUUGGUUCUGCCUGGGGAGCCCCGAGGUGGAGAAACAUCUUGUUGUCAGCGUAGGAGAAGAGACAUACCUGGCCCUCGCCAAGGGUGGAUUGGUGGCCGAUCAUAUCCUCAUACUGCCUAUUGGUCACUAUCAGUCCAGUGUCACCGCUCCUGAGGAAGUCAUCAAUGAAAUAGACAAAUACAAGAAAUCACUGAAGAAGUAUUUUAAGAAACAAGGAAAGGCUGUUGUUUUCUUUGAAAGGAACUUCAAAACUCAACAUUUGCAAAUACAAGCUGUUCCCGUGCCCAAUGACUGUAUCCAGGAAGUAAAGGACACUUUCAUGGAGUGUGCGGAGGAGGAAGGCAUCGAGAUCAACGAGAUACCAACACACUCAGACAUCAAACAGAUUGCCCAGAUAGGGGUGCCAUAUUUUUAUGCAGAGUUGCCAAUUGGAGAGAAGAUGUUCUGUAGAAUACAGGCUUCCAAAAAGUUCCCAUUACAGUUUGGAAGGGAGGUGUUAGCAAGCCCGAGUAUCCUUGACAUGACCGAGCGGGUGGACUGGAAGGUUUGCAAUGUGGCCAAACACCAGGAAACGGAAAUGGCUGCCACAUUUAAGGAAAAGUUCAAAAAAUAUGACUUCACUCUCGACGAGUAGGUUAAUCAUACAACAGAUACACAGGAAUCAUUAUAUACCCUGGUGCUUAAAGGGGAACUAGUGCCUUCUAUGGCCUGGUCAUAUGGGUCCAUAUUCAACAUGCACUAGGCUUGUUUGCAAAAGAAAAACACCAUGACAAGUCUGGCUUGCCAAUAAAAUCAAGUCUAAGGACUGAAAUGCAAUGAUCUCAAAUCAGCAUUCUAAAUGCGGAAAACACAAGCUGUAUUUCUUUGUUCAUGAGGAAUCAGGAUUUCUGUCAUAUUAAACUGCAUACUUAUUAA